UAUAAAUAUAUGAAUUGAGAUAUGUUUUCUUAUAUAUAAAGCGGCGUUCACAAAGUACGAAGAUUCAUCAUUAAAAUCUUUUUACUCUGUGGCCUGUUAGACUUUUUCGCUAUUUCACAAAAUCAAACAGUAAAACAAAAACAAAAAAAGAAGAAAAAAGCAAUUUCCGGUAUGGAAAUUUCAUCCAAUGGCAACGCCGAGCCGGACUUUUACCAACACGUCGUCGUUAUGCGUCACGGCGACCGUUUCGACAACUUCGAGCGGUCAUGGUCAGCCACCGCCGUCCGGCCUUGGGACCCGCCCCUUUAUAAGGACGGCCUGGUUCGGGCCUUCGAUACGGGUCGGACUUUCCUCAACAUUCUCCCCUUCUCUUUUCACCGUGUCUUCGUCUCCCCUUUCCUCCGCUGCGUCCAGACCGCCGCCCAACUCCUCCAAGCCCUCUCCGCCGCCGACGCCAAUCCCUCCACCACUCUCAAGGUUUCUAUAGAGUAUGGACUAUGUGAGAUGCUAACCAGUGAAGCAAUCAGACCAAAAGUUGCUCCAAAGGAUGAGAAUUGGGGUUUUGAUAUUCCACAGCUUGAAGCCAUUUUGCCCAGUGGCACCGUUGACCAUUCCACAGAACGCGUACAUAAAGAGAUGCUUCCUUGGGAAGGGUCAGCAGCAGUUACUCAUCGUCGGUACGUUCAUAUGUUCCAGACACUCGCUGAUAAAUACCCGACAGAGAACUUGCUACUUGUCACACAUGGCGAAGGGGUUGGAGUUGCGGUUUCUACGUUUAUGGAAGAUACGAUCGUGUAUGGAGUUGAGUAUUGUGCAUUUGUUGAACUACGGAGGCCUGUUUUUCGGAAAGGCGAUUCGUUUGUGUUUGGGAAAUUUGAGGUGAUACUUAGAGAAGGGCAAGAUGGGAUCAAACACAUGCCAAAUCCAGAAAAAGAAUGAAACUAUAUCUUUCAUUGGGAAUAAAUUGCCACUCUCUAUUGUUUGCACCUGCCUUGAUUGUCAAAAUAUCUCUCUGCUGAUCUCUCUCUAUUUUUGGGUUUUCUUUGAAUAAAUGAGUCUAAAAUUCUUGAUAUUGGUAUGAUACUGAUAAUUGUCAAGGAGAGAAAAUGAAAGUGAUGUGUGAAGUCUAACCAAUGUGACCCCCUCCCCUACCCCUACUGUUGUUUUAUUUUCUAUCAGGUUGCUAAUGCUGAAGAUUGAUUUUCAGAAAUAUAUAAUUAUGCAGUUAUUUGCAUUUCCCAAA